AUGUAUUCUGCACUCCUGUCAAUCCUCUUUAUUGCCACUGCAUCUGCGGUAAGCUUGAACGAAGAAUCCAGAUAUGGCCUCAAUGGGUACUAUGACUCCGAAGACAUUUUUGAUCCUGAAUUUCCAGCAGCCUGGACUCUGGACCACCAUAGGGCACGACGCCAACUUGGCAGUGUCUUCUUCAAUUCCGACAGCACUUCCGGAGCUAAUAUGAAACUUCCAUUGGCCGGUAAUAAUAAAAAUAUGCUAAGUGCUCUUGGAUCCGUUGGUUUUGACGCUAAUAAACAUCUUUCAUCGGCUUCUGGGGGUUUGGCUCUCGACAAUGUGCGUGGACAUGGUCUGUCUCUAACUGGGACGCAUAUUCCUAAUUUUGGCAAUCAACUGACCGGAGCUGGACGUCUGAACCUCUUCCAUAAUCAAAACCACGAUCUGAAUGCAAAUGCUUUCUUAACCAGGAAUAUGCCCACUAUCCCACAAGUCCCUAAUUUCAAUACAGUUGGUGGAAGCCUCGACUAUAUGUUCAAGAACAAAGUAGGAGCAUCACUGGGAGCCUCCCGCACACCAUUUCUCCAGCGCACUGAUUACUCUGCCAGCGGUAAUCUGAACCUCUUUAGAAACCCAAGCACUUCCUUAGAUUUCAACGCAGGCGUCAGCAAGUCGGUAUCUCCAUUCAUGAAAAGUUCAUGGCAACCUAACGUCGGCUUAAGGCUCAGCAAAUACUUCUAA